AUGGCGCUGAAACGCGGUAUUAAACGGAUCCAGGAGUAUGUUUAUCGGCUGACUCGGUGUGUUGUGGCUGGAGCCGUCAUCAUUGCGUCGGAGUGGAGUUGCCGUGGCAGCCCUGACGGGGCGCAGGAGGAGGGUGGCGAUGGAGAAGGACUGGGAGACGGGCCGGACCGCGGACUGGAUGGCGACCCUGAGGGCGUUUGGAGUCCAGACAUUGAGCAGAGCUUUCAGGAAGCUCUGGCCAUCUACCCUCCCUGCGGCAGGAGGAAGAUCAUACUUUCAGACGAAGGAAAGAUGUAUGGUCGAAAUGAGCUGAUAGCUCGCUAUAUCAAGCUACGAACAGGGAAGACGCGCACACGCAAACAGGUGUCUAGUCACAUUCAGGUUCUGGCACGUAAGAGGGUACGAGAAUACCAGACCAGCAUCAAGGACCAGGUAUCCAAAGACAAGGCACUGCAGACAGUAGCCAACCUCUCAUCUGCUCAGAUUGUGUCUGCUAGUGUAAUGAAAGCCCAGACUCCGUUCCCUCCACCAGUCAGAUUUUGGCCCGGGCCUAUGCCAGGACAGCCUGGACAUUCUCAGGACAUCAAGCCCUUUGCACAGCCACCAUAUACUACACUACCAGCCCCUGUACCUGCACCUAUCAGUUAUGAGCCACUGCCUCCCCACCGCCCUGCAGCUAUAGCAGCUCCUGUAUGGCAAGACAGAACAAUCGCCUCAGCAAAACUACGGCUACUAGAGUACUCUGCUUUUCUGGAGACCCAGAGAGACAGGGAGGCGUAUAAACACCUUUUUGUACACAUUGGCCCAUCAAACCCAGGCUACAAUGACCCUGUGUUGGAGUCAAUAGAUGUGAGGCAGAUUUACGACAAGUUCUCUGAGAAGAAAGGAGGCCUGAAGGAGCUGUAUGAAAAAGGGCCUCACAACGCAUUCUUCCUCGUCAAGUUCUGGGCGGACCUGAGCAGUGACAUAGAGGAGGGUUCUGGCGUGUUCUACGGUGUGAGCAGCCAGUACAGUGGAACAGAAAACAUCACAAUCAGUGUGUCAACAAAGGUCUGCUCCUUUGGCAAACAGGUGGUGGAGAAGGUUGAGACUGAAUAUGCACAAAUGGAAGGAGGAAAGUAUGUCUUCCGCAUCCAUCGUUCGCCCAUGUGUGAAUAUAUGAUCAACUUCAUCCAUAAACUCAAACACCUGCCAGAGAAAUACAUGAUGAACAGUGUACUGGAGAACUUCACCAUCCUACAGGUUGUGUCCAACAGAGAAACUCAGGAGACUCUGCUGUGCAUCGCCUUUGUGUUUGAAGUGUCCACAAGUGAACACGGAGCACAGUACCAUGUUUAUCGACUAGUUAAUGACUAGCAGCACGUGGCGUGCAUGCACAGAGACUCUCCACAGACUCUUUUUUUGAUACAUAUGGCGUAAACACUCUUUCCAGCUCAUACACACAGAUUCCCCACUCCUCUACUCUAAACACACACUUUUUUUUACAGACCAACAGUCACACUUUAGUCACACCUGUUUUUUGUUUGUAUGUAUUUCCAUCCCUGCAAACAAUGCACACAUUUGCACUCAGCAACAUCCCAUGACUUAAACACUAAUGUGAAAUUCAUUUUUAUGGAUUUUGACCAGUAUGUGGUGUCAUUCACAUCAACUGUUGUGAUCUCUGAUCCAGUGUAACCUUGUCUCACCUUGAGAAGGGUAUUAUUCCUGUCUUUUUAAUUUAAUUCAUUGAUAAACAUGAUCCAAAAAACAAGGGAUGAAUUACAUUUAGUCAAGUUUAAUAAGUGAUAGUCUCUGAUCAUAUACACAAUAUUCAGUGGGAAUGUAGCUGCGCUGCACUACAAAUGAAAAUUAUCAUCUCCAGGGAAUUUUCCGAGUAUAUGCUUUUGCAUCAUAGGUGUGACCGAUGUGAGACGAGUUUGAAUAUAGGUUGGCAAACACAUCAUUUAAUCAGUGUUAAUGUAACUCUGCCACAAUGGCUAUUUCUUCUACAGUUUGUAGUAUCUCCGUAAGGUAGGGCUUGAAUGAGCCUAUAGUUGGUGUAUCCUCUAUCACUGCUUAGUGUGGAGUCAUGAAUCCCCAGUUUGUUUAAUCAAAACUCUCAUGGCAGAAAGAUAUGUGUGUGCACCUUUUCCCAGAAUGUAAUGCACUACAUGUAAAGAGACGUAAAGUCGUAUUUAUAUUUGAAACAAGUGUAAAGAGAGCCAUAAUUUUAGGUCUCCAGUGGUGCAGAGGUGUGGAGGGAAGGAUCUUUUUGAUGCUCAAGGAGGUGUUUAAGUUUGGCUCACCUGUCUUUGGAUACAAAGUAGUACACAACCAGUUUCAGAUUCAGUUCACACUCAGCAGCAUUUUGAAUGAAAGAGUUAUCUUUACUGUUCAUUGACAUUACUGUUUUUACUUAGACUGUGUGGGCUUGCUGCAGUAUUUCUACCUCCACGUGAGUUGGGAUAAGAAUGUGCUUUGGUUCAUAAAGCCUUAACCUGAGGAGCACUGAUGUAUAGGAUAUGUACACUACACUUGUAAUGGUACUGUUUUAUAAGCCAAAACAAGAUAGACUCGUUUUUGUAAAGAUGAAAUAUCUUCUUUUUUGUAUUUUACCAGCACAGCUAGAAGUGUUACUCUAAACAUCAUAUAUGAUUGGUGUUUUUUUUUAAUGUAUGCAAAAUGAUGUAUGGUACAGACCACACUAAGGUCACCCACCGUGCACUGGGGUAGAUGUUUUGCCUGAUAACACUAGCAAAGUAUCCAGAUUACAUAUGCUCUAUCCCAUGUUUUUUUUCUAUGUAAUGUUUUUGGAUUCUGGUACAUGUUUACUACCAGCAUUUUUUUUAAAACUAGUAACUGUUAUUUGACUAUCGCUCCCUCUCCUGGUGGGAUUCUCUUUAACCAUGCAGAAGGUGGCAAUGAUUUGUCUUGAUCAUGAAAGUGAGAGCCGACUGGUUCAGUUUUAAAUAACCAUGUUCACUGUGUGUGCAGCCAAAAUGUUUAUUCUUUUAUUUUUCCUGUCUGUGUUGGCUGUGCCUUAUCACUCGUUUGGUCAAGUAUGCUCAGUGAAUUAAAUCUGUGCCUUUUAUGCUGUACCAAUAAAAUCACAGUGUUUGCAGAA